GAAUUCACCACAAACCUGUCGGCUAAAGCAGAGUGUCUCGCCUCCCUAAACAACAGGAAAGUUAAUAACAUGGACAAACAAAUAGCAAAGACCACUCAAAGUCUCACCACUGCAGCAGAGAUGCGGGAAACCACCAAGAUGCUGAUGAAGCCCAAUGCAAACUGGGAGGAGUACCUGACUCCUGCACCCCUCUCUAUCGCCAUCAUGGGGGAACUCGUCUUCAUCUCCCACUGUGAUGACUUCUCCAUCAACAAGAACCCCCCAAAAGGUGGCUACAAGUUCAUUAAGUACCCAGACUCCUUCAGGGCCUGUCUUAUGCAGGUCUGUAACUCAGGCUGGCACGCAUUCAACGAGGCCCACAAGAACAUGGAUCAGAUCCGCAUUCACACGAGCACAGUUCCUGAUUACAUGAAGGCUGCAGUCAAAAUUCUUUUCAACAGCACUGAUAAAAUAAUUGAAGCUCUCCUGCCAAAUCAACUGGAAAACAUUCGAACCAUUGCAGACGAGUGCGUGAUACUAGCAGACAGUGUUGAAAAGAAGUAUACUGAUGUUAUCAAUUUAAUCCAGGAGCUGUUGGAGGCUUGUAUCAAUGCUGAACACUUUUAUGGAGAAGAGAUGGAAAAGGUCAAGAUGAAACUGGAAGAAAACAAACUGAGGGAGCAGAGUGCAAGACAGCUGAGUGAACAAUCCAAGAAAGUGAUGGAGGCCAUGUCAAAGCAGAUGGAAGAAGCACAAGAUGCCUACAAGAAAGCCAUGGAUUCUCUUCCCUCUGGGUGGGAAAUGAUCGGCAUGGAUGUGGUUGAAUCGCUCUCAUCAGGGAUGACAGCAAUUAUGAAUGGAUGUGUUUCUCGAUUGUCUGAUCCUAUAGGUGCAUCAGCUUUAAUGCGCACCUUCAGAGAUGGAGCUGUUGGUAAGAAUGUUGGUAAGAAUGUUGGUAAGAAUGUUGGUAAGAAUGUUGGUAAGAAUGUUGGUGAGAAUGUUGGCGAAAAUGUUGGUGAGAAUGUUGGUGAGAAUGUGGAUGAGUUCGCACCAAUGACAGCGUACAGCAAGUCUGCAGAGAUUCUGAAGGUUGCAGGAUCUCUCGAACAACUUGUCAGUGGCAGUGAAAUAGACUGGGAGGACCUGUAUGAUCAGAAGAAUAAGAGCGUGAAGACCGAAUGGACUGAGGAACAAUUCAAAAGGAUCUCUGAGGACCUGGAGGAGAUGUCAGGAGAUGUGUGCAAAAAAGCUCUGUCACUCUGUAAAAGAGGCAUCACCAUCUGUGAGGAGCUGGCAACAUAUACUCCAGAUCAGACAUGGGAUGAGAAGAAAACUAAACAGCUGAUAAAGGACAUUAAGAAGUUGAAUGAUCGCGCCCUCACUUUUGACACUAAGAGCAAAGCAGCUUCAGGUACUCCAGCUCUUACCGCCAAACCACCAAUGAUGUCCAAAGCAGACAACAGCUCAGGAGGAAAGUCUGCCGGUCAGAGAGCAUCUGAGAAUGCUCGUUUCUCCAUCGAGCAGAGCCAAGCACAACUCAGUCAAGUACGGCAGUCAUAUGAGAAGAGUGUGGAGAACAUGGAGAAGAAUCAGAAGGAGCUGACUGACAUCCUGGUUGAAAUGCAGAACUGCAAACUCAAUGAGAUCGACUUUGACACCAAAAUCAAAAUGCUGGUCAAAGGUCUUGAUGCCAUGGGCAGAGUCAAAGAGCAGUGGGAGAAGAUGGUGCGCUUCUUCCAGAUGGUCUCCAACAUUGUCAAAAUCAGCCUCAGCAAGACAAUGCACAAUUUUAUUAAGGCAGCUGAUGACAUAAAAAUGUUUUCUUACAAUGAGAAGCUCUUUGUAAAAGACCUCCUGUACAAACAGGCCUUUGAAGCCUCCAACAUUGCCAGCCUGAUCCACAUGAUCUCAGAGACCUACACUGAAGUGUCCAACAAGUACCUGAUGGACAGAGUGAGCAGCCUGGGUAAGCUCAUGGCCAUGGAUAAGGAGAGACCAGAGUUCCUUCAUGAGCGUCUGGAGCUGCAGGAGUCCUGUGACAAAGCUCAGAGAGGGAUUCUGCAGCUGGUCCUGAAGAACAAGAAAGAAUUUGAGAGGCAGACCGAUGCCAGGAUGAAGAAAAUAGAGGGUGACCUGAAGGCCAUUCUGCCAGCUGCUGAACCUGAGGAGACGGAGAGAAUCAAAGAGAUCGUUCAGGCCGGCUUCAGUAAAGAAGAGGAGGAUUACUACUGAUUCAGGUUCAUUGUUUACUGCAGAAUCUAGAUAACCAUGGUAUAUCACAGUAUGAUACAGAAGCUUCACAUGUGGGUGUUAGCAAGUCCACCUCCUGGUGUUGGGUCAAGUUUUUUCCACUUUGCUGUUUCCUUGUGUUUUAUAGUGAUCAGUGUGAGACAGUGUAAACCUGAGUAUAAACCAGAGAAAUCCUGUCUGAUGAUUGUGUUCAUAUAAUGCACGUCUGACUUGGGAGAGGGAAUGAAGUAAUACAGAGAAGUAUAAUCAGAGCUAGAGAUGUGUGUGUGUGUGUGUGUGUGUGUGUGCAGAGAUAAAUCUAAUGUGUGUGCUGUAAAACAUCAGGUUUUCUCUGUCACAGACUGGCUGCACAUCUUCAGCACUCACUCAUUUUAGAGAAGAAUCAUUUAUUUCAAGUCGUCCUUUCUGUUCAUAGUCAUUUCUCCUUGAAAUGGAAAUGUAAUAGUUUUUGGUUUUCUUCUCUUUUUUCAGAUGUAUUUAACCUUUACUUUAGCUGCAUGUAAUCUGUUACAUUUCAGUCACAUUUGACUCUGGAUGAGACUUUGUACUCUGCUUGCUGUGCUCAAUAAAACUAAGUAGAUCCUCUUGAUCUACUGAAAAGACAGAA